GAAAUAAUAAUAUGGAGAAUGAAAAUUGAGGUUAGACUCGUUGGCUUACAGAAGUGCAGAGACUGGGUUGGUUAUAGUGAGAUCCGUUUUGUUGCAAUGGAUAAAGGGAAAGAAGUAAUCAGAGUUUGAACUCUUUUUCUCUAAUUCAGAAGUCACCGUCAGAGUGAAGCGCAGAUCUCUGUAAAUGGAGUACAGGAAAAUCAAAGACGAGGAUAAAGUUAGGGAUUCGGACGUUGAGAGCGUGGCCGUCGCAGUUAACAAUACGGUCUCCGAUGGAGAAACCAAAGUUGACAGCCACAGAACGCAAGUACAGUGGAAGCGCAAGUCAAUGGUUACAUUUGCAUUGACUAUUCUUACUAGUUCGCAAGCCAUUCUAAUCGUUUGGUCCAAGAGAGCUGGCAAGUAUGAGUAUAGUGUCACUACUGCCAACUUUAUGGUGGAGACUUUAAAAUGUGCUAUAUCCCUGGUGGCCUUGGGAAGAAUAUGGAAUAAAGAAGGUGUCACUGAUGACAACAGGUUGACUACCACAUUAGACGAAGUUAUAGUGUAUCCUAUUCCAGCAGCACUUUACCUUGUCAAAAAUUUGCUUCAGUACUACAUCUUUGCAUAUGUAGAUGCUCCAGGCUAUCAGAUAUUAAAGAACUUCAAUAUUAUAAGUACAGGUGUCCUAUACAGAAUUAUACUUAAAAAGAGGUUGAGUGAGAUUCAGUGGGCUGCUUUUAUUCUACUCACUGCUGGGUGCACUACGGCUCAACUGAAUUCGAAUUCUGACCAUGUUCUUCAAACUCCCUUUCAAGGUUGGGUGAUGGCAAUUGCCAUGGCUCUCUUGAGUGGUUUUGCAGGAGUAUAUACUGAGGCUAUUAUUAAAAAGCGUCCUUCUCGAAACAUAAAUGUUCAAAAUUUCUGGUUGUAUGUCUUUGGCAUGGGUUUCAACGCUGUUGCAAUAUUGGUUCAAGAUUUCGAUGCAGUGAUGAACAAGGGAUUCUUCCAUGGAUAUUCGUUCAUCACCGUUCUCAUGAUUUUCAACCAUGCACUCAGUGGAAUUGCUGUAUCAAUGGUAAUGAAGUAUGCUGACAACAUUGUGAAGGUGUAUUCUACUUCAGUGGCAAUGCUUCUUACGGCAGUUGUCUCUGUGUUCCUAUUUGGUUUCCAUCUCUCCCUCGCCUUCUUCCUUGGCACAAUUGUUGUAUCUGUUGCAAUUUAUCUGCACUCUGCUGGGAAGAUGCAAAGAUAAUCAUGACUUUGCUCCUAUUUUGACGACACAUUUUUGUAAAGAUUUAUUUCCUUUUAGCUUCAUUUCAAUGGAGUAUAUUUUAAAAUUGUACGUUCAGUCGUAGUUUAUACUUUAAAUUCUAUCUUCAGUAUAUCUCAACAAGGACAGAAGUAAUAUUUUGAAAACUUGUGAUUC